GCCUGUGCUGGAACCAGGAUGGAAAUUAUGCUCUUCCUCUUGGCAUGGCUUUGGGGUGUUGCCAACUCAGCUCCAAUCAGACUAGUGAAUGGCUCCAGUCGCUGUGUGGGGCGACUUGAGGUGCUUUGGAAACAGCAGUGGGGAACUGUGUGUGAUGAUGGCUGGGAUCUUGCUGAUGCCAUGGUCGUAUGCAAGCAGCUGGGCUGUGGGGAAGCACUGUCAGCCCAUGGCUCAGCUUAUUUUGGUCAAGGAAGUGAUCAUAUCUGGCUGGAUGACAUGAACUGUACAGGGACAGAAGCUGACCUCUCCACUUGCAGGACCAGACCUUGGGGAGAGCAUAACUGCAAUCAUGGAGAAGAUGCAGGCGUUGUGUGCUCAGAAAUUAAAAAAAUAGCCCAACUGCGAUUAGUGAAUGGUCCAAGUCGCUGUGCUGGGAGAGUAGAGAUGCUUUAUGGCCAGCAAUGGGGAACCGUGUGUGAUGACAACUGGGAUAUAAUCAAUGCUGAAGUUGUGUGCCGACAGCUGGGCUGUGGGACAGCUCUAUCAGCUCCUUCAUCAGCUUAUUUUGGGCAAGGAUCUGACCCCAUUUGGCUUGAUGAUGUGAGCUGCAGAGGGACUGAAGCUGCCCUCUCCGAAUGCAGUGCAAAGCCCUGGGGAACCCAUAACUGUGGGCAUGAAGAAGAUGCUGGUGUUGUGUGCUCAGGCUUUGCACAACCCACUCUGCUCCGACUAGUGGAUGGCUUGACCCAAUGCUCUGGGAGAGUUGAAGUGCUUUAUGGUCAGCGCUGGGGAACUGUGUGUGAUGAUGGCUGGGGCAUGGCUGAGGCACAAGUGGUAUGCAGGCAACUGAGCUGUGGGAAAGCCUUGUCAGCCCCAGGUAGAGCUCACUUUGGGCAAGGAUCUAACCCCAUCUGGCUGGAUGAUGUCCAAUGCACAGGGACAGAAGCUGCUCUGUCCAAAUGCAGAGCCAAUCCUUGGGGAAGCCAUAACUGUGGGCAUGAAGAAGACGCUGGCAUUGUGUGUGCAGGAUUUGCCGAGCUGCUUCCAGUCCGGCUGGUGAAUGGUUCAAGUAACUAUUCUGGGAGAGUAGAGGUGUUUCGUGAUCAGCAAUGGGGAACCAUCUGUGAUGACAGCUGGGAUUUAACAGAUGCUCAAGUAGUGUGUCGGCAGCUGGGCUUUGGCACAGCAGUCUCAGCCCCUGGCUCCGCUCUGUUUGGACAAGGGACUGGUCAAAUUUGGCUGGAUGAUGUGAACUGUGCAGGAGAUGAAACUGCCCUCACUGAGUGCCGGGCCAGGCCUUGGGGAGAUCACAACUGCAACCAUGGAGAGGAUGCUGGUGUGGAGUGCUCAGGCAUUGCAGAACCAGCUCCUGUCCGGCUUGUGAAUGGCCCAAGUCACUGCGCUGGAAGAGUCGAGGUGUUCUGGGAUCAGCAGUGGGGAACUGUGUGUGAUGAUGGCUGGGAUCUAGCUGAAGCCAGCGCUGUGUGUAGGCAGCUGGGCUGUGGGAAAGCGCUGUCAGCCCCUGGCUUGGCUCAUUUUGGACAAGGCUCUGACCGCAUCUGGCUGGAUGAUGUGAGCUGUUUGGGAAGCGAAUCUGCCCUUUCUGAGUGUAGGGCCCAAUCUUGGGGAUCCCACAACUGCAAUCAUGGAGAAGAUGCUGGUGUGGUGUGCUCAGAUAUACCAAGAAUAGCUCCACUCCGGUUAAUGAAUGGGCCAAAUCGUUGCACUGGGAGAGUUGAAGUCUUUUAUGGCCAGCAGUGGGGAACCAUAUGUGAUGAUGGCUGGGAUAUAGCUGACGCUGAAGUUGUUUGCCAACAGCUGGGCUGUGGAAGAGCAUUGUCCACUCAAGACUCUUCUUAUUUUGGAGAAGGAUCUGGCCCUAUCUGGCUGGAUGAUGUAAACUGCACAGGGACUGAAACGGCCCUUUUGAAAUGCCAGACUAGUCUAUGGGGAGCCCAUAAUUGUAGGCAUGGAGAAGAUGCUGGUGUUGUGUGCUUGGGUGUUCCAGAACCAUCCCCUAUCCGACUAUUGAAUGGUUCAAAUUCCUGCUCUGGGAGAGUCGAGGUGUUUCAUGAGCAGCAGUGGGGAACUGUCUGUGAUGAUAGCUGGGAUUUAGCAGAUGCAGAUGCCGUCUGCAGGCAGCUGGGAUGUGGGACAGCAAUCUCAGCCCCUGGCUCUGCUCAGUUUGGACAAGGGACUGGCCAAAUUUGGCUAGAUGAUGUGAACUGUGCAGGAACUGAAACUGCCCUCUCUGAUUGCCGGGCAUGGUCUUGGGGAGACCACAACUGCAACCAUGGAGAAGAUGCUGGUGUGGAGUGCUCAGGCAUUGCAGAACCAGCUCCUGUCCGGCUUGUGAAUGGCCCAAGUCACUGCGCUGGAAGAGUCGAGGUGUUCUGGGAUCAGCAGUGGGGAACUGUGUGUGAUGAUGGCUGGGAUCUAGCUGAAGCCAGCGCUGUGUGUAGGCAGCUGGGCUGUGGGAAAGCACUGUCAGCCCCUGGCUUGGCUCAUUUUGGACAAGGCUCUGACCGCAUCUGGCUGGAUGAUGUGAGCUGUUUGGGAAGCGAAUCUGCCCUCUCUGAGUGUAGGGCCCAAUCUUGGGGAUCCCACAACUGCAAUCAUGGAGAAGAUGCUGGUGUGGUGUGCUCAGGCACUCCAGAACUGGCUCCACUUCGGCUAAUGAAUGGCCCAACUCGUUGCACUGGGAGAGUUGAGGUGUUGCAUGCCCAGCAAUGGGGAACAGUGUGUGAUGACAGCUGGGACUUGAGUGAUGCUACAGUGGUGUGCAGGCAGCUGGGCUGUGGGAAAGCCAUAUCAGCUCCAGGCUCAGCUUAUUUCGGGCAAGGUUUUGGCCGUAUCUGGCUGGAUGAUGUGAAAUGCUCCAGUAAAGAAUUUGCCCUCUCUGAGUGCUCAGCAAGGCUUUGGGGAGUUCAUAACUGCAACCAUGGAGAAGAUGCAGGUGUUGUAUGCUCAGGUAAUCUUCAUCUGUGUCCCAUUUUACUACGCAUUUGUAGAUACUAUGCUUCUAGGAUGGAUGUUGGGGCUGAUGACUCUUCAUCUGUUCUCAGUCUAACCUCUGUGUAUCAGACAAAUACUAAUGGGUGA